GGAUGCAAUCUGAUGUGUGGAUGUGACUCUAUCUAAGCUCUGCACUGCCCGAGUUAAAUAUUCUGUAUCAAAAUGAGUAAGAAACGAGUACGAAUAAGGGAGGCAAGUGGAGAAAUUGUAGAGCCAGCCAGAGUGACAGAAUCUCGGGAACGAGAACAAAGGAUGAAAGAACAAGCUGCUUAUUUUGUUGAUCUUGGUCUAUCCAUCCUCUUGUAUGUUGCUCCAUUGGUUCACCUCUUAGCCUGUCCAUAUACCAAGGUGGAAGAGAGCUUCAACUUGCAGGCAACACAUGAUAUCUUAUUCCAUCGCCACAACAUUAGUGCAUAUGACCACUUAGAAUUUCCUGGGGUGGUUCCAAGGACAUUUCUCGGACCUCUCUUCAUCAGCUUCAUAUCUUCACCUUUGGUUGUAUUAUGCAGUCUCCUGCAUUUGGGUGCUACAAAAUGGAGUGCACAAUAUGUUGUUCGUGCCAUGCUUGCUUUCAUGGUCAUAUCAUCAUUCAACUCAUUCCGUUCAAGUGUUGCUGACAUCUUUGGCCGUGAUGUCUCGAGAUAUCUUGUUCUACUCACUCUCUCACAGAGUCAUUUCUUGUUUUAUGCCUCUCGCCCACUUCCAAACAUAUUUGCACUUGCUGUAGCUUUGCGUGCCAUCAGUGGCUGGAUGCGUCAGGAUCAUGUAGCCUUCAUUCUCUACUCAGCCUUUGUCAUUAUUGUCUUCCGCUCUGAGCUGUGUAUGCUGAUGGGAUUGAUGCUUCUGAUGGAACUCCUGUCCAAGAGACUAGCGAUACCUCAGGUCAUCUUCUGGGGAGCUCUGGGAGGCAUUCUUAGCCUUGGUGCGACAAUAUUGGUGGACUCUUUAUUCUGGCAACGAUGGCUGUGGCCUGAAGGCGUAGUAUUCUGGUACAACACCAUUCUCAAUAAGAGCAGUAACUGGGGUACAAUGCCAUUCCUAUGGUACUUCUACUCAGCAAUCCCAAGGGGGUUAUGGAGUAGUGUGGUCCUUGUACCUCUUGGCUGUGUCUUGGACCGGAGGAUACCAUGGUUUCUACUACCCCCAUUGGGGUUUGUCUUCCUCUAUUCAUUUCUUCCUCACAAGGAGCUUCGCUUCAUCAUCUAUGUGAUACCAAUGCUUAAUGUUGGUGCAGCCGCCACCAUUGCAAACAUAUUUCGUAAUGUCCAGAAGUCGGCUUUCAUGAAGAUACUUGCAUUAGGAGUAUUAGGUCACUUCGCAGUUAACAUUAUAGCAACAGCCUUAAUGUUAGGAGUUUCACAUUAUAAUUACCCUGGUGGUGAUGUCAUGCAUCAAAUACAUAAACUUGUUCCUCCUAAUGCUGACAAUGUUCACAUUCACAUUGAUGUAAUGACAGCACAAACAGGUGUUUCAAGGUUCACUGAGGUCAACUCAAAAUGGAGGUAUGACAAGACUGAAGACUUGCUCCCUGGUGGCCCAGAAAUGAUGCAGUACUCCCACCUUUGUAUAGGAGCUUCAUCUGAAGACAGUCAGGAGCUGGCUUGGUAUAAACAAACCCACCGGGUCCUGACAUUUGCCAAGGGAUAUGCCGGCAUUCAAAGACCUAGGAGCUUGAAAGAGUUUGUGAUGACACUACCAAAACUGAUCCUAGAACCUCAGAUCUUUGUCUUAGAGAGAAGAGGGUGGUAUCCAAAUGAUGGUGAAGAUUGAGGAGUGGCCAGCAUAGAUACAUUUAAUGAUGAUUAGGCCUUUACAAUGUGUGGUGCUAUUGCAUUUUUCUUGGAGUGGAUGUAUAGUGGAUAUACAUACUGUAUGCUUACUAGAGCCAGCUGUGUGUUGUCAAAUUGCAACAUGGUGCUGCUGAAAAUUUCACCUUACAUAAAACAAAUGGACGGAACUAUUUCAUGCUCCGUGGCAAAUAUGACCAAUUGGAUAUGUUUCCUGCUGGAUUCACUCUUCUAAUACUCCACUCUGAUUUUACUGAUUGAAAAUUGCUGAGUGAUUCUGAGGUAUUUAGAUGAUGUUAUUCCAUUUGGAAGUUUUUGUGAAUAACAUUUGUGAAUGAACUGGGGUCCGUUGCAGAAAGAGUUGCAUUUAAACGCAAGUAAAAAAACAAUCGCAAGUCCAAAAUGCGCACUGUUGAUUGAUUGAAAAAUCAAGUUGCGCAUGAUUUUUGGAGUUGUGAUCGAUUGCAACUCUUUCUGCAGCAGGCCCCAGGUCACUUUAUUUUGGUAAGAGGGUAUAUUUCUGGUAGUGAAAAAAAAAAAUUGCUCGGCAUUCCUUUAUUGCAUGCUCAUUGGCUCACCUGCUACUGUAGUCUUACUCUCUUUUUUUAUUUACUCAUUUAUUGUUCAUAAAGUACAUUGUUUAAUAAGUUAAAUGUAUUUUGGUCUCAAGAUUUGAUAAUGACCUUACAAUGAAUUGCCAUGUUUAACAAGAUAAUUAUUAUUAUUUAGAAAAUUGACAAUUUUAUGACAUAUAGACACUUUGAAUGGUACAAUAAGAACAGUACUAGUUUUCCAAUUCAAAAUAAUUGUUCCUAACUAUAGAUUAAUCAUGAUGCAUUCGAUUAUGUAAUGAAUAUUAUUUUCCUGGAUAAUGUCAUCCCUGAUAUGGUGCAAUAACCUUUUUUUUCUCUUUUUUUGUGGUAUUUAAUCUGUGAUCAUUUGUUUUGAUGAUUCCAACCUAUUUCAUUUAUUGGAAUUAAGUAUUAACUUGCCUGUUGGAUUUGUGUGUUAUAUAUGGCGCCAUUUGGGUCACUAUGUUAGGCUGUGAGUCAAUUCACCAAAUAUAAAACUGCUGGUACAAUAAGCAUGUCACAAUUUAGUUUUGCACUUCAUUGUUAUUUGUUUUUGUAUUUCAGAUGGGCAUAAUUUAAAACAUUUACAGCCAGAAUUUAAUAGUAUUUGGGCUAAAAAGGGUCUGAGAUAUAACCAUGUGAUGUGAAUACCUCAUUAAGGCCCAUUGAAAUCAAUGUGAUAUUGGCCUGGUUAUAAAUGUAUGAAAACCGAUGAAAUGUAAAAUCUUGUUUUGAAAUUUUGUAUGAAGUCAUACUUCCAUACUCUAUAUCGUGAUAUAAAAUACAUGUAUUAAGGACAUCGAAAGGUUCACAGUUGAAACUAAUGCAAAAAAGUAUUUGGAUAGUGAAGUUUGAAUUAGAUUGAUUGCAAGUUAAAAUGUGAUUUUUUUUCUACAUUUGCUCUUACUACUAAGAAUCUCUUGCCUGUAUUCUUUUUUUUUUCUUAUUUGAAUGUUAUAAUCUUGUAGGUUUUCUUUGGUAGCAAAAUCAUUUACACAGAUGCUUUUCAUUGCCAUUAUUUCAGAUCAAAGCUAUCAUGAUUUAACCCCAAAACACAGGCCCAAAUUGAAAGAGAGGAUACUGAUUUUGCUUGAUUUGUCAUGUAAAUUACCCAAUGUCUGAUGAUGCAUCCACUUGCUUUUAAUCAUAGGUGAACUGAAAUCCAAGUUUGUUGCUAUGGUUGAUAUCACUUAUUAUUUGAAUGAGCCCACCAUUUAAAAAAAAAAGAUUAAAUUACCACGGCCUAGAACCAUAACAAGCAUAUUUACUAAGGAUGAGCACCCUGUGACAAAAGUACAGAUACAGGAACUAUUUUGUUCAGUUUGCAGUAUUUGCUAAAUGGAAUUAGUACAUGGAAAUCUAUGACAGUUAUAGCAUAGGUCAUGAGCAGUCCCCUGCAGUGUAAUACAAAUGAAUCAUGUGACUUUACAAUAAACUCAUGUAUUCAGAUUUUAGAGUCAGUUUGUGAAUUUUAGUGGCUUACAUACAUUUUCAAUUCCCCUAAAAAUGAAUUUUGUUAGUUUGCUGAUUGUGGAAUAUAUGCAUUUCACCUGCACACCAAGACAUCCCUGUCUUAUCCUAGUUUUCGAUUAGUUUCUACUCAUUCUACUUAAUGAUUUAUUACACCUUUGAAUCUAGUGAAUUAAUCUUCUCUUGCACGUUACUGUUUUGUUCUUUUCUUUCAUCAAGCAUAAAGAGACAUGCGGCUCAGCCUAUGUAUGUGUUAUGUACUGUGCAAACAUGUUCAAUUUUAUUUGUUAACCUUUGGAUCAUAUGGCUGAUAAAACAUUCUGGUUCUUACAGCUACUCAAAGAGAUGACAUUGCUAAUAUAGAGGCCAUGGAAGCAGGGGGAGGGGGGGCUUCAGCCCCCCCCCUCCACUUUUUUCCAAAACCGUGUACAAAAACGUAAAAAUGACCAUAUGAUUGUGAUUUUUUGCAUGGUGAGCCCCCCCCCCACACUUUUGGCUCAGGCCCCCCACUUUGAAAACCGUUCUGCGGCCGCUGUAAUAAAUGCAAAUCUAACAUCGUGUCUCACUUAUUCAACCAUGUACAAACUCAGAAAAGAGGUGGCACUAUACCUCUUACAUCUUCCCUUUGUUUACAAAGUUGAAAGCAAUGAUCUUGAGAAGUUAUCAUAUGACUGAUCAUGAUGAAGGGCAGUUCAGUUAACUUCAGUUUGAGUUUCUCUCUGUUAAGCUUCAGAUUCUUCUCACGGUACCCCUACAUUCAUGCCUUCACCUUUGGGUCAUGAUCCCUCUCAGCUAUCUUGAUUGUUUCUCCUGUUCCAAACACGAGGAUAUCAUCAGCCACUGAUUGUACUUUUGAGUGCCUGGCCCUGCCUCCUCUGGAACUCUUCCGGAGCACUUGAAAUUCCAAUGGCAUUCGCAACCACCUAUAUCUCCCAUGUGAUGUGUUAAAUGAUGUCAAAUAGGAAUAUUUUGGCGAUGUUUUAUUUUAUGUUAGAAUAUAGUUUGACAUUCCUUUUUACCCUUUACCUUCGUAUUUUCUUUUAAUAAAAUUUGGAUUGAAAGGGUGUUUUCAUGAGGGUAUUUUAAUAUUAUUUACUCCUUAUUGCUUGCCAUGUCAAUCUUUGACUUAAUUUUUUAUGAUGAUGAUGAUCCACAGCAUUUACAUUGCGCCAUAUUUCUCGUAAAAACAUUCAUUUUUAUCAUGUCUUGCAUCUUUUUUCCCCUCUGUAAGUUAGAGUUAUGUGCAUUGUGUGGGGAACGACUGCUCAUAUAAGAGAUUGUGUUCUUUAAGAAUGUUCAACAGUUAAAAUUAAUUCUGAUACUUUCACCAAUAGUUUGUACAGAGUUUAUACAUUUGUGCAUGUUCGGGCGUUGGUCAAUUAUGCAAGUAGUGAUUUAAAAGCUCCGUGGCUUGUUGAAUAUCAAUGAGAUAUGUAACAAAAUUCAAUGAAAAUUAUGCAUUACAGUGGCGAUGGAUAUCAGAGAGCAAGAAUUAGAUAUUGUGCCCGUUAAGAAUUGAAUUGUAACAGCCAUUUUAGAGAUUGCCAUGGCAACAAUCAAUUAAGAUGAUGAUAUGUCGUAUUUGGGGGUCACGACUCACGAAUGAUUUAAUUGGUUUACAGUAAUGAUCUAGUAAAUAAAAUAUCUUGUGUAUGUACAAUGUGAUAAAUGAAAAAGUAAUUAUUAAAUUAUUCGAACAAAUUA